CCUGCCCACCUUCCUCACCCCCGCCAUUUCCAGGACUCACAUCCAAAGGCGACAGCACCAGGAUUUGCUCCCGCCUUUGGCACAGAGGAGGACGGGUCCCUCUCUCAGCCUGGCCAGUCUUUCCCAGGGCUUGAUGGGAAAAAGGACUUCCCUAGAAGUGAGUCUUGGGGAGUUGGGGGGAGAAAAGUGUCGAGGAGGGCGUCGGAGUUUCCCACCGCUGGCUGCUUCCCGGCCCGCACGCCCGGGAGGGUGGCGGUGGGCGCGCAGAGAUCUUUGCAAAACAGCGUCCAGGGCGGAAAACAACUCACAGGCCUGCCGCCCCCAAAGGCGGGUAGGUCCGGACGCGCUGGGCCCUGGUCCCUUCGGCCGCAAACGGCGCAAGUCACGCACUGCGUUCACCGCGCAACAGGUGCUGGAGCUGGAGCGGCGCUUCGUCUUCCAGAAGUACCUGGCGCCGUCCGAGCGAGACGGGCUAGCUACGCGACUCGGCCUGGCCAACGCGCAGGUGGUCACUUGGUUCCAGAACCGGCGAGCCAAGCUCAAGCGCGACGUGGAGGAGAUGCGCGCCGACGUCGCCUCGCUACGCGCGUUGUCCCCGGAAGUCCUGUGCAGCUUAGCACUGCCCGAGGGCGCUCCAGAUCCCGGCUUCUGCCUCGGCCCUGCCGGCCCUGACUCCCGGCCCCACCUGUCAGACGAGGAGAUACAGGUGGACGAUUGAAGACAAAGCCGCCGCCAAUCCUGGGCUCUGGGGCCCUGGACUCCUCACCUCGCGCUCUGCCUCCGGCCAGAGUUCCAGGGUGGAGGAAGGAGGUCCACUUGGGCCUCUUCCGGCCCACAGUCCAGACGCUCACCU